CUGGCGGGAGCGGCGCCUCCCGCCCUGGGAGAGCGGCGCGCGCGGCAGCCCCGCGGCAGCAGAGCGCCGAGCCGGGAGCGCGGGGAGCGCGGGCCGGUGGCGGCGAGGGAGGACUAGGGCGCAGACGGCCGGCGCGCGGCGCGGCUACCAUGGGCGUGCAGUGAGCAGCCGCUCAGGACGACUUCCUCGGCUGCGCGGCGCUCGCGCGGAGCUCCUGGCUGGCGGUGCGUCCCCACGGUCACCAUGAAAGACGACUUCGCAGAGGAGGAGGAGGUGCAAUCCUUCGGUUACAAGCGGUUUGACUCACUCCAUCCUGCCACCUUUGAAGAAGGUGCCUGCCUCUUCUUUGCCUUCUGCCAUGAUUGUAAGUUUCCUGAGGCCUCCCCAGCAAUGUGGAACUGUAUUCAGGAAGGAACACAAUGUACCAAAUGUAAAAAUAACUGGGCACUGAAGUUUUCUAUCAUAUUAUUAUACAUUUUGUGUGCCUUGCUAACAAUCACAGUAGCCAUUUUGGGAUAUAAAGUUGUAGAGAAAAUGGACAAUGUCACAGGUGGCAUGGAGACAUCUCGCCAAACCUAUGAUGACAAGCUCACAGCAGUGGAAAGUGACCUGAAAAAAUUAGGUGACCAAACUGGGAAGAAAGCUAUCAGCACCAACUCAGAACUCUCCACCUUCAGAUCAGACAUUCUAGAUCUCCGUCAGCAACUUCGUGAGAUUACAGAAAAAACCAGCAAGAACAAGGAUACGCUGGAGAAGUUACAGGCGAGCGGGGAUGCACUGGUGGACAGGCAGAGUCAAUUGAAAGAAGCUUUGGAGAAUAACUCUUUCCUCAUCACCACUGUAAACAAAACCCUCCAGGCGUAUAAUGGCUAUGUCACAAAUCUGCAGCAAGAUACCAGCGUGCUCCAGGGCAAUCUGCAGAACCAAAUGUAUUCUCAUAACGUGGUCAUCAUGAACCUCAACAACCUGAACCUGACCCAGGUGCAGCAGAGGAACCUCAUCACGAAUCUGCAGCGGUCUGUGGAUGACACAAGCCAGGCUAUCCAGCGAAUCAAGAAUGACUUUCAAAAUCUGCAGCAGGUUUUUCUUCAAGCCAAGAAGGACACGGAUUGGCUGAAGGAGAAAGUGCAGAGCUUGCAGACGCUGGCUGCCAACAACUCUGCGUUGGCCAAAGCCAACAACGACACCCUGGAGGAUAUGAACAGCCAGCUCAACUCAUUCACAGGUCAGAUGGAGAACAUCACCACUAUCUCUCAAGCCAACGAGCAGAACCUGAAAGACCUGCAGGACUUACACAAAGAUGCAGAGAAUAGAACAGCCAUCAAGUUCAACCAAUUGGAGGAACGCUUCCAGCUCUUUGAGACGGAUAUUGUGAACAUCAUUAGCAAUAUCAGUUACACAGCCCACCACCUGCGGACGCUGACCAGCAAUCUAAAUGAAGUCAGGACCACUUGCACAGAUACCCUUACCAAACACACAGAUGAUCUGACCUCCUUGAAUAAUACCCUGGCCAACAUCCGUUUGGAUUCUGUUUCUCUCAGGAUGCAACAAGAUUUGAUGAGGUCGAGGUUAGACACUGAAGUAGCCAACUUAUCAGUGAUUAUGGAAGAAAUGAAGCUAGUAGACUCCAAGCAUGGUCAGCUCAUCAAGAAUUUUACAAUACUACAAGGUCCACCAGGCCCCAGGGGUCCAAAAGGUGACAGAGGAUCCCAGGGACCCCCUGGUCCAACUGGCAACAAGGGACAGAAAGGAGAGAAGGGGGAGCCUGGACCACCUGGCCCUGCGGGUGAGAGAGGCCCAAUUGGACCAGCUGGUCCCCCCGGAGAGCGUGGCGGCAAAGGAUCUAAAGGCUCCCAGGGCCCCAAAGGCUCCCGUGGUUCCCCUGGGAAGCCCGGCCCUCAGGGCCCCAGUGGGGACCCAGGCCCCCCGGGCCCACCAGGCAAAGAAGGACUCCCCGGCCCUCAGGGCCCUCCUGGCUUCCAGGGACUGCAGGGCACCGUGGGGGAGCCUGGGGUGCCUGGACCUCGGGGACUGCCAGGCUUGCCUGGGGUACCAGGCAUGCCAGGCCCCAAGGGCCCCCCCGGCCCUCCUGGCCCAUCAGGAGCGGUGGUGCCCCUGGCCCUGCAGAAUGAGCCAACCCCGGCACCGGAGGACAAUGGCUGCCCGCCUCACUGGAAGAACUUCACAGACAAAUGCUACUAUUUUUCAGUUGAGAAAGAAAUUUUCGAGGAUGCAAAGCUUUUCUGUGAAGACAAGUCUUCACAUCUUGUUUUCAUAAACACUAGAGAGGAACAGCAAUGGAUAAAAAAACAGAUGGUAGGGAGAGAGAGCCACUGGAUCGGCCUCACAGACUCAGAGCGUGAAAAUGAAUGGAAGUGGCUGGAUGGGACAUCUCCAGACUACAAAAAUUGGAAAGCUGGACAGCCGGAUAACUGGGGUCAUGGCCACGGGCCAGGAGAAGACUGUGCUGGGUUGAUUUAUGCUGGGCAGUGGAACGAUUUCCAAUGUGAAGACGUCAAUAACUUCAUUUGCGAAAAAGACAGGGAGACAGUACUGUCAUCUGCAUUAUAAUGGACUGUGAUGGGAUCACAUGAGCAAAUUUUCAGCUCUCAAAGGCAAAGGACACUCCUUUCUAAUUGCAUCACCUUCUCAUCAGAUUGAAAAAAAAAAAAAAGCACUGAAAGCCAAUUACUGAAAAAAAAUUGACAGCUAGUGUUUUUUACCAUCUGUCAUUACCCAAAGACUUGGGAACUAAAAUGUUCCCCAGGGUGAUAUGCUGAUUUUCAUUGUGCACAUGGACUGAAUCACAUAGAUUCUCCUCUGUCAGUAACCGUGCGAUUAUACAAAUUAUGUCUUCCAAAGUAUGGAACACUCCAGUCAGAAAAAGGUUAUCAUUGGUCGUUGAGUUAUAGGAAGAACUUAAGCAUAUACUGUGUAAACAGUGCCAUACAUUUCUAAAAUCCCAAGUGUAGGAAAAAUAUGCAGACAUACAGAUAUAUAGGCCAACUCUUAGUAAUAAUAUGAAAUAUACUUAAAGAGCUUUUAAAACUUUGUAUUUUUGUACAAAAUAUUUGUCUUUUACAAUUUUUUUCCUUUUUUUUUUGUCAUUUUACCGACAUAAUACAUGGAGCCAAAGAAAACAAUAAUGGUACUAAUAAAAACUCCUAGGGUUUCCUGUCAGAUUUAAUUCUA